AUGCGGGUUAACAUCGGCCUAGACAUGUACAUCCUCCUUCUCCCCAUCGCCAUGCUCUGGAACUGCCAAAUCAGCUUUCGAAAGAAGAUCGCCGUCCUCAGCGUGCUCACCUUCGGCAGCAUCUCCGUCAUCAUCGCCACCUUCCGCCUCAUUCCACUCCUCGAAUUGGGAUCUCAAUCUGACGAACCCAUCGACACAUCCUGGGUUCUCGGCAAAAUGAUCAUAAUCGCCGCCCUCGAAACGCAAUUCGCUAUUGUCGCCGUCAACCUUCCUUCGCUCAAGAAACUCUGCACCAACUUCACCGGCGAAGAGAGUCUCGUUGAAGAACCGCAGAACUUGAGGUGGAAAGCGAAGAAAUUGACGAGCCAAUGCAGCGACGACUCUGACGACGACGAAUUCUACGUCUCGGGUGGAAACGGACGCGGAUACCAUUGGCGCAAGAGCAAGGCUAGCUCGCAUACCAGUUUCCGGACAAGCAUCGCACCCAGUUUCGCUACGGAUGAGGAAUCGCUUCAGGCUAGUGUUGCUGUUGCGCUUCCGGUGCUGUGGGUCAAGUCGAAUGUUCAGACGGUGAGGGUGGGUAGGGGGCAUGUGAGCAGAGGGCAUGUGGUUAGGAGUCUGGUUAGAUGUAGUAUGGAGAGAGUGGAGGAUUGUUUCCCCAGAGGACACUUUUUGAGGACGUAUGGCAGACCGGAGUCGAGGCGACCAGAGAGUAGAUUGCCGACGUGUAUGGAAAUAUGA